CUUUAGACCCCUUCAGUACUAUGAAUCGAUGGCUGAUGUCGUAAAAAAAAAACAGAGCAACGUGCUAGCUAGCAAGAUGGAGCGAUCUGUUGGAUCACUACAGGAGCAAGCACUCAAAAGGAAAGAGCGGCUGAAAGCGCUGAGAGGUCGACAACUUCAGGGAAGAGACCAAGAGCAAGAGGAUGGAGAGCCAGAGAGGAAAAGAGCCCUGGAGGAGGAGGCUGAGGAAGAGGAGCGACACAGAGAGCUGAAGCUGAGGAACUACACCCCUGCUGACGAGGAGUUGAAGGAGAGGCAGGUGCCCAAAGCCAAGCCUGCAUCAGUGGAGGAUAAAGUCAAGGAUCAGCUAGAAGCCGCCAACCCUGAGCCUGUCAUUGAAGAAGUGGACUUGGCCAACCUCGCACCGAGGAAACCUGACUGGGAUUUAAAGAGAGACGUCGCAAAGAAGCUGGAGAAGCUUGAGAAGAGGACACAGAAGGCCAUCGCUGAACUUAUCCGUGACCGUCUGCGAGGCAGCGAGGAGGAGCUUGCUGCAGCCGUGGGAGCCAUAGGUGUGACGGAGGGAGACUCGGACUGAGCCCAGAAGAAGGGAGGAAGAGCCCAGCUCCACGCUGACCUCCUGCAGCUUGCUCCACCCGAAGGGGCCAAACAACAUGAAACAACUUCAGUUUUAUGGGUAGAGACUUUGGGGCGCAGUAGCUACAGUAUGAAAGCUACUGAUGCAGAAUUCAAUUUUCAAUUGAGGGUCAUCUUUUCUUGGCAACAGCUAUUUGAGAGCCAGACCUGUAUCAAUGUCAUGUGACGUAAGGGCUAUUUAUGUACAAUCGAUGAUGCAUUGCGUAAGCAGGUGUAGAAAUGUAUGUCUUUAUGGUCAUAAUGUUUUAUGAAAUCUUUCCAGUAAAUUCUUUUUUGUUUUUUUUAGGAUGUUACCUGUAACUAUUUCCUUCAAAAAGGAUGUUUAUAUCAGUAGAGACUUUUCAAAACAUACACAAGUUUGUACUAAUCUGUAAAUGCCAUUCUUACUCAACCAUAUCUUAAAGUGACACCAGUCCACGUUUA